UAUAUAUAUAGGAGGAAUCGCAUCAUCUAACCGCCUUGCUUUCAUCUCUUGAUUUUCUCUCUCUCUCUCUGCUACAUGGUGUUUGCUGCAAACAAAUGGAGCUCGAUCUCGCUCUUAGCCUCCCCAAUUCGAUCCUCCCCAAUCCGAUGCUCCGAGGUGAAGGAAUGGGAAGGACCACCUAUCCAUUAUCUUGCAAAGAUGAAGAAAAAGGAGUAAUUGGUGGUCGUAAUUUAAAUGAUAAAGAUAAUAAGAAGAAGAGGGAUUUCUAUGAGGCAUUUGAUGAUGACCCAACAUUGCCCCUCUUUAUGUGGAACGACGACAACCGCCGCAAGGCUGAAGAGGAGGAGGAGGAGAGGAAGAAGGAGGUGAUGGUUGGUUGGCCGCCCGUUAAGUCUUGCAGGAAAGUGGGGCGAGGUUCUUCUUUUUAUGUGAAGGUGAACAUGGAGGGAGUGGGCAUAGGCCGUAAAAUCGACCUCAAUCUUCACCACUCUUACUCCUCUCUUGCCCAUGCGCUUGAGGACAUGUUUGGCAAGCAUGAGAAAAACAAAGAGGAUGGAACGGUUUGUUGCCCUCAGUGCAUCCUCACUUACGAAGAUAGAGAGGGAGACUGGAUGCUUGUCGGUGAUGUUCCAUGGGAGACUUUUAUCAAAUCGGUAAAGCGUCUCAAGAUACUCAGAGGUGUAUGACAAAUGGCAGUAGGAGUUAUAUAUAUAUAUAUAUAUAUAUAUAUAUAUAUAU